AGCCGAGUCGGAGUUGCAGCCAGGGCGGGUGUGCCGGGGACGCCAGCGCCGGGAGCCAAUGCUGAGUGACAUCUGACUUGAGCCUUCGGUGUGCUGUGGGAGAUCCGCCACCAGUUUAGGUCCGUUGACCUGCUGGUGACCUACUGGUGAUAAAAUCUGCGUGGACCAGUGGAAGGCUCUGAGGUCCGAGACACUGUGUGACUGCUCACUCUUGAAUUCUUGCGGCCAGCAUGGGGAAACAGAACAGCAAGCUGCGCCCCGAGGUCAUGCAGGACUUGCUGGAGAGCACAGACUUUACAGAACAUGAGAUCCAGGAAUGGUACAAAGGCUUCUUGAGAGACUGCCCCAGCGGACAUUUGUCAAUGGAAGAAUUUAAGAAAAUAUACGGGAACUUUUUCCCUUACGGGGAUGCUUCCAAAUUUGCAGAGCAUGUCUUCCGUACCUUUGAUGCAAAUGGAGAUGGGACAAUAGACUUUAGAGAAUUCAUCAUUGCUCUGAGUGUAACGUCGAGGGGGAAGCUGGAGCAGAAGCUGAAAUGGGCCUUCAGCAUGUAUGACCUGGAUGGAAACGGCUACAUCAGCAAGGCAGAGAUGCUGGAGAUUGUGCAGGCAAUCUACAAGAUGGUCUCCUCUGUCAUGAAAAUGCCUGAAGAUGAGUCAACUCCUGAGAAAAGGACAGAAAAGAUCUUCCGCCAGAUGGACACCAACAGAGAUGGAAAGCUCUCCCUGGAAGAGUUCAUCCGAGGGGCCAAAAGUGACCCGUCCAUCGUGCGCCUCCUGCAGUGCGACCCGAGCAGCGCCGGCCAGUUCUGAGCCCAGCACCCCACGAUUUGUAGAGCUGCUUGCGUUCCCUUUUUGAUUCUUCUUUUUACGUUUUUUUUUUUUUUUUGCCAAAAAAUUAUCGAUGGUGAUGCUGUCCCCUGUGCAGUCAGAUGCACCUUCCUCCGUGAUGCCUUCGCCUCUGCUUCAUUCAUCGUGGACGCUUCGUGGGAAUGCCCAGAGCCCCAGUGUGCGUGUGGAUAGCAUGAGCAGACUUCGUGGUGUUCCUUGUUUAAUGACUUUCUAAUCGUUUUUAUUAUUUUUUUUUCUUCUGAUUCUAAUGUUUCUGUUUAAAACCCAAGACUGGGGCGGGGGGCAAGAGAAGGGGAUCUGAUUAAGUCCAGUGAUUCCACUACAAGCUUCCAGGGGCUGGGUUUGAAAGACAGAGCUCUCCACCUGGGUCUGUUGUCACACGUGCCCUUGGGGCAAUGGAUGGCACCAGAUGCUGGAUUCCCCAAGAACAAGUUACCCUCUGGGGUGAGGCUACUAAAGGGAGCUGGGACAUCCUCUAGGAGGCCCACUCUGCCCUCCGCCCCAGCAGGCUGUAGUUUCUAAGCUGUGAACAUUUCAAGGUCAAUUCAUAGAGAAGAAAAAAGAUGGCUCAGCUAUUUUUUUCACAGGUUUACACUGGUUGAGCUAAUGUGAGUUUCUUUGGAAAUCAAACACAGAUGGCAACAGUCCAAAACCAGACCCAUCUUGUUGCCUAUUGUGAUUUUAAAAAAGAAAGAAAAAGAAAAAAAAAAAGACUGCUGUAUAUAAAAUACUGGGAUUGCAAACCAAAUUAAGUGUUUUGCCUUGUAAAUGCAUGUUUAGUGAGCACUAAUACAAUCUUAUUACAGAAGACUGUUUUUAGUAGCUUAUUGUGAGUAAGCCAACUAUGAUGAAUGUCUACGUUGUCUUGUUUCAAAGUCAGAUCUGUCUUUGCACAAAUGUACCAAUCAACAAGUAUAUUUUGUAUAUUCCAUAAAAGUCCAAGGUAACCAUGACGAGGGCCCAACUUUGAUUCAGAAUGCUUUUCCAGAGUCACGGUGACUGGAGAACAGAAGCAGGGCAGGUUCGAGAGGGUCAUGUCCUGGGGGCACCAGGAGGUUAAUACUUUUGAGAGGGGCCAUGCUAGUGGUUUGCUGGUUGAGCUCAGCAGCUCAUGGGCAGCAUGAGAUUGGAGGUACUGUUCUUUUUUGAGCAGAUGACUGUUUUGGAGACUUGGGAACAGUAGCCUAGGUUCUUGGGACUUCCCAAUAGUUUAGCCACUAUCCUCCUUAGGGAGCCAUAUUAGGAAUGCCCACUUUUUUUUUUUUUUUUUUUUGCCCGUUCAAAGAGUCUGAGGGGAACAGUCAUUUAAUUCAUUGUAAGAAGGCCCAGGCAAGUGUGGCCAUAGUGUCCAAGACCCUGCUAGCAGUGUUUUCCAUCACUGUAUUAUUUGAAUGCAGAUUUCUCUUUCCAGAAGUGACAACAUACAUUUGAGUUGCUCUUUGGGCGUGACCUCAUGCACACUAAUUUUAAUGGAAGAUUAAGAGGAAAAAUCUCCCGUCACUGGAAAGUCACACGAGCAGCAGUUGGGUGGCAUGGGAUGGAGGAGAGGCUGAACACUCCAGGAUACAGAGGGGACCUGUCCCAAAUGACGGCAGAGAGGUCCCCAGGGAAUCUGUCUGCUGCCAAACCACUUCCUGUAAAAGAGGAACCACAGAAAAACAAACAUAACUUGGAGGAAAAUGCUACUGGGCGCCUUCUAACCUCCAGGUUCCUGUGUCUGAGUUGAAUCUAUUCUAAUUAGUAUAAAAAAUCCAAAUUUAUGUGGUAGACACAAAAAACACCUUUAUAGGGUAAAAUUGUGAGACCUGGAAUCAGUAGCUUUAAUCUUCCUCUGAGGAUCCAUUCUUCAUAUUCUAUGCCAAGACUUGCCAAAUUCCUCCAUGGGCCAAGUGGUAACAUCUGUUUCUGUAAAAUAGGGAAUUAACCUAAUUUCUGGAGUGCAGAGGGGAAAGAGGGUCCAGCACGCUCCACCUGGAGUGUUUGGGAGUUGCAUCCCACUUUUUCCUGCUGUAGAUUGAAGAUAGGAUUCCUCCUUUCAGUUCCCUUUUGAUAAGUGAAGUCAGUUAAGGUUGGAGCAACCUGCCUGGGCUCUGCCCUAGGUCAUGACAUGUGGAACCAGACUCACUCUGUUCCCUAGAAUGAAGCUGGAGUGAGGAACAGAGAAGGCCUCCAGCUGUUCAGGAAGAGAGCCAGACACAUGAUUGACAGACACUGCUGGCCUCAGAAGGUACUGAGAUCGCCCGGGUGCUGCCCAGCCACUGACCCACACUGACUCUUCUCCAGGCUGUUUCUCUCCUUCUCCUCCUCCCAGGAAGGCCUUGGCAGGUGGAAUCCACUCAAGUUCGGCCAAGGGACUGCACAGCCCCCAGAGGGCUGAAUGCCUGAAGGCCUCUAUCACUUCUGUACUGGGUUGUUCAUUGCCUUUGCUGUUUUCAGGACUCUGGAAAUGGAGUCUGUUCUGUCCCAAGUAAAAACCAGACUGUGGUGUGCAAGGGAUUGGAAUAAAAUGACUUAUGACCUGAAGGAUA